AUGACAUCUCCCAAGGUCUUUAUUGUAACCGGCGCGAGCAAGGGCAUCGGAGCAGCCGUCACGCGCCACUUGCUCGAGCAGUCGCACAAGGUCGUGGUCACGGCUCGUUCGGCGGAGCCGUUGGAAGGGAUCAAAAAAGCGUACCCGGGUCAAGUUGAAUAUGUGGCCGGGGACAUGACCAGUGCCGAGGCUCAAGCAGCACUUGGUGAGCUACGAAAGACCAAGGGAUGCGUUGUCUGGGUCUCUUCGGGUGCCGCUCUCAAGCCAUACACGGGAUGGAGCGCAUACGGUUCAUCCAAGGCAGCGCUCAACUCCCUCUCCUCGCAUCUUGCUUUUGAAGAAAAGGACAUUACGAGCAUCACCGUCAGUCCGGGACGCGUGGAUACAGACAUGCAAGUGCAGAUUCGAUCAUCAGGGCAGCAAUCCAUGGACAAGGCACAAUACGACACUUUCAUCGAAGCAUUCGAGCAGGGCAAACUACUAAAACCCGAGCAACCUGGCAACGUGAUUGCCAAAUUUGUGGCAUCCCCACAGAGGGAAUUGAGUGGAAAAGACCUCAGUUGGAAUUCGGCAGAGUUGGCUUCAUAUCAAGAGUAG